UCCUCUCCCGCCUUAGGCCCCAUUUUGAGUCCUCUUUCAGCUAGGCUAGGGGGAAGGGCACAGGCAGGACGGUGUGUGUGUGUGCCUGCUUGCAUGCAUCCCUCCCUCACUGCAGACUCAACACGGCUCCUAGCACAGUAAAAGACUUUCAAAUCCAAGCGCCACAGAGCCUGCUUCUGCAAACACAGGCCUAAGAGACACCCUUUUUCAACCCAAAAAUGGCAUCCGAGGACGGUUUCAGCUACCUCAUGGCAGGCCACAAUGAGAAACACAGGCGGGCGCCGAACUGGACCGACGGCGAAAUGAAAGCCCUGCUGUACGUGUGGGAGGACCACCACAACGAACUGAAGAUGAGCAAGAGGAACGCCAAGGUGUACGAGAAGAUGUCCCAGAGGUUUUACCAGCUGACGGGAGAGCAGCGCUUCAAAGAGGAGAUCAAGAUGAAGAUCACCAACAUGUCAUUUCAAUUCAGGCGACUGAAAAGCGUCGUUUUUGAAAGCGGGGAGACGCCGGAUUGGCCGUAUUUCAAGGCCAUCGAGAAGAUCCUCUCCAAGCCGCUGGACAACGGGCGGGUGAACUCUUUGGAGUCGCAGGACUCCGCUGCAGGCCCCUCCACUUCCUCCCAGUCGACAGACAACCUGGUGCCCCCCUCGGAGGAGGGGGGGAUGGGCUUCCUGCCAGAGUACACGGGCUCCUCAGACGAGAUGGAGAUCAAACAAGAGCUGGACUCUUUGAGCUCUGACAGCGAGACUCACACGCAGGGAUCCAGCUCUCACCAGACUUCAGCCAGGAAAAGACACGCCAACAAGCACCUGUCCAUGAAGAGAAAGAAACUGCGGGUGAUGCAGGCCAUGUUACAGCAGCAGAAGAAGUCGAGCCGCGCCAUCGAGGAGACGUGCAGGGAGGUCCGACGCGCCAUGCAGCAACAGAACCUCCUGCAGGUCCAGUGUCUGCAGCUGCAGGAGCGUAUGAUGAACCUUCUUGAGAAGAUGAUCCAGCCUCCCUCCGCCACAUCAGCAUCGUGGGGUCAGAGUGCGGUCAAAGAUCCAGUGAACCCAUGAAGUGUGAGGGUUCUGGUGCUCUGGGGGAGAUCAAGGUCUGGCCUCACUUAUAGCAACGUUGAAGCAAGAAUAGAAUAUAUUUAUUUUGGAUUUCAGUUCAAUACAGAACAUUUUGAAGGUCUGUCAUGUUGCAUAUGUUAAAAGUUUAGCUCGUGUCAGUGCCGAGAGGUACAAAGUUAUACUGUUACGGUUUUUUAAAGUGUCAUCAGCCUGGAUAUCAUUAUUGGAAUGGACCAUGUUAAUUAAUAACCAAAAUGACACAUGCUGGCACUUAUGCAUCUAAUGUACACUACUGUUCAAAAGUUUGGGGUCACCCAGACAAUUUCGUGUCUUCCAUGAAAACUCACACUUUUAUUUAUCAAAUGAAUUGAACAUUUCAUAGAACAUAUAGUCAAGACAUUGACAAGGUUAGAAAUAAUGAUUACUAUUUGAAGUAUUAAUUUUGUUCUACAAACUUCAAGCUCAAAGGAAGGCCAGUUGUAUAGCUUAUAUCACCAGCAUAACUGUUUUCAGCUGUGCUAACAUAAUUGCACGGGUUUUCUAAUCAGACAUUAGUCUUCUAAGGCGAUUAGCAAACACAAUGUACCAUUAGAACACUGGAGUGAUAGUUGCUGUAAAAGGGCCUCUAUACACCUCUGGAGAUAUUUCAUUAGAAACCAGACGUUUCCACCUAGAAUAGUCAUUUACCACAUUAACAAUGAAGAGAGUGUAUUUCUGAUUAAUUUAAUGUUAUCUUUAUUGAAAAAACAGUGCUUUUCUUUGAAAAAUAAAGACAUUUCUAAGUGACCCCAAACUUUUGAACGGUAAUGUAUGUCAGGCCCCAAUGUGAGCUUUUAUUGUAGGGAUAGCUGUAUCAGAUCUUCUGUCGUGAUUAUUUGUCAAUUACCCUUUUAAAAUCCCUGUGGGAACAACAGCGUUGCAAAAAAACGGACUUAUUUUGUCACAUUUUCACUGUGCCAGUGUAAUUAUGCUGAAACAGAACAAUGUGUCGUAGCAUUAUGAAGCAGAAGUUGAGGCAAUAAUGAAGGGAUUGGAAAUGUCAGCACAUAUUAACAUAACUGGCUGCAGCCCAUACAUGUCUAUUUUGUGACUCUUAUUUAGCUGCAAUAAAAAAAUAUCUGACAAUUA